AUGAGGUCCUUAAAAAGCAUUGGUGGAUUGACUGGAGGUACAGGAAUCACAGCGACAACUAUUGCCACUUGGAUCAAUUCCAUGCCGACUUGUUCUCGGGUGUGCGAAGCAAUGGAAGAGUUUGCAGGUGUUCGCCGCCUCUCUUCAGAGCAGCACGUAGAGCUACGAGAUGCAAGGCAAAAAAGAAACAGUAAGGACUUGCAAACCUUCAUUUCUUGGAUUGAAGAACAUAAUCCGUUCUCUAAAUCACCUGAACUCUCUUCCUUGUCAACAGGGGUUAUAGGUGAUGAAACUGUAAACUGCGAUAAAGCAUUUGAAAUAGGAGCCAUAUCCAUCAAAGCUAUUGAAAACAAAACAUUUAAAGAAAUACACAUGAAAAGAAAGUUUGCUGUCAAGUCUCUAGCCUCUAUAACGAAGUCGGUGAAAAUUAACAACGACAUGGUAUGUGUAAAUCCUAAAACUCUCUUACAUCGGAUGGUGUGUACAGUAAGGAGUGAUAAGAGAUUAGAGGAAAUUUUUCAGUUUGAACUCUGUGCAUAUCCUCCAUCACUGUUUGACGAAUCUGGCUUGAUGAGGAAGGGGAAAAAAUCAUCAAUGGUGACGGUUUUGGUUUCAGAUUCAAAAGAAUCAUCAAACAUCGAUGACCCAGUGAAAGUGUCCUAUACAAUUGACGGAGACCACCUCCUACAUCGCGUUGUCUGGCAACAGCCUGCUACAUUUAAACAGAUUUGCGAGCAAUAUAGUGAUUACGUAUGUACUCAUUAUGGAAAAGCGACUGUUGUUUUUGAUGGUUAG